AUGACGUGCACGGGUCUCAGGGCCGCUCCCGCUGUGCCGACCUUGGUGCACCUACCUUCGACGAGACCAUGCAAGGCCCGGCUUCGGCUGGCACACCCGCCCGCCUCCAUAGGCUAUAACCAUGUGGAGCUCCUGGAUGGGCUAGUGCAGGCCAUCAACCACGCCAUAUCGAGGACAGACGGCGGCGGUGGGAAUGAGCACCCGUCGCCCGCCCAGCCACGGCGUCGCCUCUCCUUCGGCUCCUCCUUCACCUCGGAGCUGGCCCUGGCCAGCCACGACCCGGAGCACCCCCCCUCCCCCCACCCUCCCUCCUCCGACGCCGCGGUGAGGGCCCACACCCCCAGCCUGGACGCCUAUCUAGCCCUCCCUGUGUCGGAGUACGCGCUCCUGGACCCAGACUGGGUCAGCUGGGACGAGUCCCGCGGCGGCUGGUGGCUCCGGGUGCCCCUACUGGGCCUGCUGGGCCUGGACCUGACCCCCCAGAUGCUCAUCGUUGCCACGCCUGACCCCGCUCGGGGCAGCGUGAAGCUGGACGGAAGCUGCAUGGGCCUGGGCGUCCCCGCCGUGGACGACGCGCUGCGCGUGCGCGUCGCCGCCACGCUGUCCUCCGGCGGUGCGCGCGCGGAGGAGGGCGCUCGCGGCCGCGCGGGGCUGGACGCCGGCCGCCGUGGCGGCGGCGGCGCGACGACGGCCCCCGCGCCCGCCGCUUCCUGGAGCAUCCCCGGGCGCCCCAUCCGGCGCCUGCGCCGCUGGGUACGUGGCCGGGGCCGGGGCGCAAGCCAGGCCGCCGCGGCGACCGACACGCUGCGCUGCGCCGUGCGAGUCAGCGCCGAGCUGGAGGUCCCCGCGCCGCUGCAGGCGGUGCCGGACCGCCUGCUGGCGCUGGCCGGGCGGCUGGCCAUCCAGGCCGUCCUCCAGGCCCUGCUCCCAAACUUCCUGGCGCUCAUGGAGCGCGACUACGCCAGCUGGCGGGCAGCGGCGGAGGGGGGGGGCGCGCCGCGCCGCACCCAGGACGCCAUCGGCGCGCUGUUCUGA